AGAACCAGAAGCAGUCCGAGAACCACAACGAGCAGCGUGCGAGUGGCAAUAACACAUCAAAUUGGUAUUAGAACUUGUUACAGUUAGUACCUCGACCAGCCCCCCAUAUGCGCCAUACUUAAAGUGGGCGUGGCCACACACAGUGCGGUACAAAUUGGUAGAGACAGAGACACCGAAACCCACACAGCCCGAGAACUGGCAGCCAUCAUCAUCCUUGUCCCUGUCCCUGUCGCUGUCGCUGGGAUGCAGCAUAAAAGUCAAUUAAUGUACAAUUACAACAACGCAGAUAGGAGCUACUGAAAGGCAGGAAGAAAGCAGAGAGGGAGCACAGAACGGAGAGCGGAGCGCGGAAAGCGGAGAGGGUUUGUGUGUGGAAAUUACAGCAAAUUACACGCAACGAGAGGGUGAAGCGGCGAGGAAGAGGAAAGAGGGUGAAGCGGCAAAGGUUCCAAGUUGGAGCACAAAACCGCGUGGACCGAGGAGGCACUGGAACUGGUGGAGGAGGAGCAGCAGCAGCUGGUUCCAUCAACGCCCUCCCCAGUCCGUCGACAUUGCCAUCCAUUGUCCAGCCAGAGCAGAGGAGGCGGAGAAGGAGGAGGAGGAGACGGAGGCAACUACGGUGGAGGCUCCUACAAAAUGACUUUCGUUAACAAGCUGAGCAAAAGCUUCCGCUGGCUUCGUUGCUCGACAUUGUGCGCAAUUUUGUUUUAUAUGUUCUUCAUUGGCCUGAUAUUGCACAGCACCAGCCACAAGCUGCAGCAGCACCAGCAACAACAACAGGAGAAGCAACAGCAGCAGCAGCAGCCGCAGCAGAAGGACCAAAAGGACCCAGGAAGCAGUCACAGCAGCAGCAGCAGCAGCAGCACUACUGGUGGUGCUGCCCAAGAGGCUGCUGCUGCUGCUGCCGAGGCUAAAUUGGCGCCCAAUGUGGGCCAUAAUAGCCGAAGCCGGCAGCAGCAGCAACUCUCCCCCGAGGAAUCAGCCAACAAACAUUUGGCCAGCACCAAGGAGAAAGUGCAAGGAGCAGAAGGAGGCGCCGCCACGGGGACACGGUCAGCGGCUUUGUCCGCCAGCAAAUCCCCUAACCAGCCACAAACAGUUAUUUUGGCGGCCAGCAAUGUGAACGAGAAGCAAAUACUCGCAAAAGCUUUCAAACGAGCUGAUCGCAAUCAUGAUGGACGCCUGUCCAUCCAGGAGCUGGGCCAGUACAUAAAUCGCCGCAUUGUGGAGCACAUCGAUGAGGCGAUUAUGAACAAUGUGCGCGAGUUCCGGCGCGUGGACACUGGACCCGCCGAUGGGCUGAUCACCUGGGACGAGUACCAUCGCUUCUUUCUGCGGGAGCACGGCAUGACGGAGGCGGACAUCGAUGAGCACGAUGAGAUCAGGCACACGGCACUGAAUCGACGGGCGCGCGAGGAUAUGAUGCGGGACAAGGCCCGCUGGUCGGAGGCGGCACGCACCGAUCUCUUCACGCUGACCAUCGAUGAGUAUCUGAGCUUCAGGCACCCGGAAUCGAGUGUGUCCAAUCUGCUGGAGCUGGUGGACGAUCUGCUGCGGCAGUUCGAUCAGGAUGGCGACGAUCAGCUGACGCUGGAGGAGUUCUCCGAUCUGAAUGUGGACGAUGAUGAUGACCUGCUGCGCAAGUCGCUGAUCUCCAAGACGCUGGUGGAGCGACGGGCCGAGUUCAAGCGGAUCAUUGACAAGAAUCACGACGGCAAGGCGGAUCGGGGCGAGCUGCUGUACUAUGUGAACCCGAAGACGCCGCGAUAUGCCCUCCAGGAGGCGGCCACAUUGUUCAGUCUCUGCGACGAGAAUAAGGAUGAGCUGCUGACGCUCAAGGAGAUGACUGACAAUGCUGAGAUAUUUCUGCAAUCCAAGAUGAUCGACACGGCAAACAGUUUUCACACUGAAUUCUGAAUUAAUUUCAUUACUGGCACACACACA